AUGUCCGAAGGUGCCCAUAGCAGACCUUGGUGUCAUCAUAACAUUGAUAUUGAUCAUGCCGAGCUACCCCUGAACGGAGUGUCCACAGAGUCGCCGAGCGUUAAGCUCAUCGAGAUCGAUACCGAGACAAUAGCUGUCGCACAGUUUGAUAGUCACCGAGUAUCUCGACAGACCGACCUGGGUUUCAGGCGCGAGACCCCUGACACAGAGGCCCAGGGGGAGGAACUUGGGUGCACCUUCCUAGCAAUUGACAGGGAAGAGCGACCAGCAUGCAACACCUGGAUUGUUGAUUCAGGUGCAACCCAUCAUAUGGUAAAUGAUGAGAGGAUGCUGCUCACCUCGACAAGCAAGGACAGUCAGAUCAGUACAGCAGGGGAUGAAAAGCUUCAGGUAAAAGCCAUAGGAGAUGCCUCCCUUUGGGUUGGUGAGGCUACCAUCCAGCUAUUGGAUGUGCUCUAUGUGCUGAAGCUCAAUUCUAAUUUAUUGUCUGUACAAGGCUUGAUUGAGAAUGGUGCACGAGUAAUCUUUGAUGAGUUUGGGACUACCGUAAAGCAGAACGAUGGUACCCAAGUGCAAUUCAGGAGGAACAGGAGACAAGGCCACUUCAAAGUGCAAGGACAAGCACUAGCCUUGGAGCUGGAAAAGGCCCUCAACGAUGUCCCAGAGGAUGAUGAGAACACAGGAAGACACAACGAUGUCCCAGAGGACAAUAAGAACACAGGAGAUCAGGACAGCUACCUCUGGCAUGAGAGGUUUGGACACCCAGGACAAGAUAAGACAAGGCAAAUCCAGGUGCACUACCUUGAUCUUAAGGGCCAUGCCAAUUACCACUAUGCACUAGUUGCUGUGGAUGACUUCUCCUCCCUGAUCUAUGCAGAACCACUCUGCACUAAGAGUGCCACACUCAUGGCACUGAGAAGCGACAAUGGAGGAGAGUGGUGCAGCUUAGAAGCUGAAGACUGGCAAACUCAGGAGGGUUUCAAGUGGCAAAAGAGCAUUCCAGGGAUCAGUGUCCAGAAUGGACAGGUGGAGAGAGCAAUCAGGUCAGUCCAAGAAAAGAUGUGCUCUAUGCUGAUUGGUCGAGCUUGCCUCAGAGAGUUGUGGCCAUAUGCAAUCACAGCAGCAGCACAUGUGAUGAACCUCACCCUGUCAGCCACCAAGACCAUUCCCUAUGAGGCCUUUUAUGGAACCACUGCACACAAACUGGCCCAACAGCUGCGAGUUUUUGGGUGCCUGGCAUGGGUCCACAUCCAACAGAAGGAUCAGCAAGGCAAGUACAGACCUAGAGUGAAACCAGCCAUCAUGAUCAGGUAUGAUGAUGAACAUAAGGCAUGGAAGUUCUGCAACCUGGACCAGCCUGCAUCAAUUCAAUGGAGCAACUCAGCAAUGUUCCAUGAAGGCAAAGGGUGGAGUGAUUGCCAGCAGGAGGCAUGCAAGCCCAUGGAAGUCGAGGAGGAGGGUGCUGCACCAACCACAGUGGAGGAGGAGACCAGAUUGGAGGCCAUGGUGGAGGACCUUCUGCCAGCCAUGGACAGCACAGUAGGUGCUGCCAACACAGUGGUGCUGAACCUGGACCCAACACUUGGAGAGGCAAUGAAUGGUGAGGAUGCCCAGCUCUGGAAGGAGGCAAUACAAAAAGAGCUGGAAGGACUCGAGGCAAUGGGGACUUGGGAGGUGGUGAAUCACCUGCCAGGAGUACCACUUGUGGACUCUAAGGUUGUGCUUUGGCUAAAGCUUGAUGCUGAUGGUGUGCCCAUAAAGCACAAGGUUAAAAGAAGUAAUCUAUAUGAAACCACUGGAGGGAUCAGGAGUAGCACCUGGACAGGUAUACAAAGUGGUCAAGGGCCUGUAUGGCCUAAAGCAGUCCAGGUAGAGUGUGCUCCCUGCAUCUACACCAAGGGAUGGGGUGAAGAUAUGGCCAUCGUGGUCAUCUAUGUUGAUGAUACAUUAGUCAUAGCACCACAGCUGGAGACAGUCCUAAAGGUUAAGAAGCAGAUCGGUCAGAGAUGGAAGAUGGAAGAUAGUGGCAAGGUCUCUCACUUCCUCAGCAUCAAAAUCAGUCGAAACUGUAUGAUGUGCACCAUGACAAUUGGUCAGUCAGGGUACAUUGACCAAGUGCUGGCUAAGCACCUGGACAAAUGCACCAAGCCAACCAUGGUUCCAAUGCAGAGCAUACUGGAGGGAACCCUUGUCGCAAGUGCAGCACAACAGAAGGAGUAUCCAGUGAUCGUUGGCAAGCUGCUCUGGGUUGCCAACAGCACCCAGCCCGACCUUAGCCUCACCAUGAGCAUCCUCACUAGACACAUGCAUGAACCAUCACAAGAGCAUUAUCAGGCAGCACAAUGGGUCUUAUGCUACCUCGAAGGCACAAAGAAAGUUGGAUUAGUUUAUAGGGGAAAUAUGUUGCAAGAGCCACUGAUUGCACAUAGUGAUGCAAACUGGGUGAGUGAUGCCACCAUUCAGAGAAGGAGUACAUCAGGGUCAGUGGCAUUAGUGUAUGGGAACCUGGUAGCCUGGAAGUCAGCAACACAAAAAUGCAUAUCAUUGUCCACCAUCAAGGCAGAGUUCAUUGCAGCCAUGGAAGCAACACAUGAGGUGCUCUUCCUCAAGCAGCUGCUAUGCUCAAUUGGCAUUGCCACAGGCACCCCAACAGUCUACUCAGACAACACUGGUUGCAUACAGGUUAGUAAAGACCCAGCACAGCACUGGAAGCUUAAGCACAUUGACACCAAGUAUCACUUCAUCUGUAACAACGUUCAAGAGGGAAGGGUGCAAAUCAAGUACAUGGACACCACAAGAAAUUUGGCAGAUGUACUCACAAAGCCAAUCAGGAGACAGGCAAUGCAGCAAGCAAGAUCUGGGCUACACCUGCAAAUACCAGCAGUGGCAUAUGAAAUGGAGUCCCCAGAGUAUGUGACAAUGUCAAAGAAUGGAGGAUAUACCUUGAAACAACAGCAUAAUGAACAGGGUACAUAUGCUGUUGAGGGGGGGAGUUGA